AUGAUGGACACCGAUAAAGACGAUUUGCCCUCCGCCACGGAUCAUAGUGAGCAUGAAUCUGGCGAUGCUGUUAAAGUGGAGGGCGGUGCUUCGAAAACAGCGUCGAAUUCCAAGGAUCCCUCGCGACCGCGAAGGAAGAAAGCACGCCGUGCGUGCUUUGCGUGUCAACGUGCGCAUUUAACUUGCGGCGAUGAGCGGCCUUGUCAACGAUGCAUCAAGCGCGGUUUGCAGGAUGCAUGCCACGACGGUGUGCGAAAAAAGGCAAAAUACCUGCACGAUGCCCCAGACGGUGCUCUCGUGCCUGGUGCUCAGGGCAACUUCUACAAUCAAGCGAACGGCUUGCCGAAGAUCUCGCCAACCGAGUAUACGCAAAAUGGAACCAACAAUGCGCAACAACAGCAGCAAAAAUCAGGCACAAUUUAUGCUUCGUCUACACCCUCAUACAAUAACAACAACGGCACGUUUGAUACAAACAACGCAACAAACACGGUUCUACCAGACAGUGCAGCACUGAAUCCAGGCCCGUUUACUGCAACACCUGCUUCGCCUACUUUUAGUAUAUCUACUUCCUCGGCUAUGCCCAGUCUCACACAGCCCACCAACGACAUGACGUCUGGAGCCGGGCAGGGCUCAUUCGGUGCCUUUUUCGAUCCCAGUGAUCCAGCCUUGUUUAACUUUGAUCUUGCCAGUAUGAAUUUUGGCAAUCGAUAUGGUGCUUUGGAAUUUGGCAUGCUAGGGCAUAUGGCCACUGGUGCUGGAGACACCCCUCCCAGUGACAACGGCAACCAGCGAGGAGGCUCGGUUGGUCAACGCAGCAACUCGCAACAAUUUGGUAACCCUCCAGGAGCGUUUACUACCGAGAGUCCUAGUCAGCAGUCAUUCAUGUUUGGCGAUCCCGUGCUAAACGAUUGGUCCGGGGGUCAAAAUACGAAUCCUCGGAUGAAUGUUGGUAGUGGGCUGUACGGUCAAGGCGGAGGAGGAGGAGGAGGAGGAAUGCAUUUGUUGCAACAAGAUGCGCCUCAUGCAUACGCCAUUGGAUCCAAUACAUUUGCCAGUCCUUCGUCAACGACGAGUCCUCAUGCGACAACAAUUGCGCCAUCGCAAUUUGACGAUUCACCAAUGAAGACAAAAACGGUGAUAUCGACCCCGCAUCUGCGCCAGCAAAGUCUGUACAACUCCAACUCGAAUAAAAGACGCCAUCGCGAACCCUCCGCAAUUUACGACAGUGUCAAGGAGCCAUACUCAUACACCGGCGGAUUCCAUAAACUGAUUGCUUUUAUUAAGAGACGGUUUUCGCCACCAAAGACAGUGCGCAUCGCCAAGGCCUUGGCGUCUAUCCGACCAUCUUUUAUCGCUACGACCAAGACGCUGAAUCAGGAUGAUUUGAUCUUCAUGGAGAAAUGUUUUCAGCGCACGUUGUGGGAGUAUGAAGAUUUCAUCAAUGCAUGCGGCACGCCAACUAUCGUGUGUCGCCGUACAGGCGAAGUAGCUGCAGUUGGAAAGGAGUUUAGUAUCUUGACUGGAUGGAAGAAGGAAGUCCUACUCGGCAAGGAGCCGAACCUAAACGUCAACACAGGCGGUGGCAACAAUACAUCCUCUCAAUCAGAUUCAACCUCAUCUUCAAUACGUGGCGGCGCAGGAGGACGAAUGCGCAACCAAGAACCUGGCCCAAACAACAUGGCCCCCGUCUUCCUCGCCGAACUGUUGGACGACGACAGCGUAAUCGAAUUCUACGAAGAUUUCGCGCGACUCGCCUUUGGCGAUUCCCGGGGCAGCGUCAUGAAUACAUGCAAAUUACUCAAGUACAAGACGAAAGAAGACAUGGAUUCUGUCAACGCGGAUGAUUCGCGAUGGAAUUCGGCCAUGACGCACCAUAUCGUUGGGAAAGGGGGGAUUGUCGGGGAGGCUGGGAUGAAUCGGUUGGGAUUCAAAGAUGGGCGCGUGGAAUGCAGCUAUUGUUGGACGGUGAAGAGGGAUGUUUUUGAUAUACCCAUGUUGAUUGUUAUGAACUUUUUACCGCAUAUUUGA